AUGGAGCUGGAGCACCCCCUGGCCACCCUUCCCCGCGUCCGCGGCGACCGCGACGACGACGGCAAGGAGCGGAGGUCAGGGACGGUAUGGACGGCGACGGCGCACAUCAUCACGGCGGUGAUCGGUUCCGGCGUGCUGUCGCUGGCGUGGGCGAUGGCGCAGCUGGGGUGGGUGACGGGGCCGGUGACCCUGGUGCUCUUCGCGGUCAUCACCCUCUACACCUGCGGCCUCCUCGCCGACUGCUACCGCGUCGGCGACCCCGUCACCGGCAAGCGCAACUACACCUACACCGAGGCCGUCAAGUCCAACCUAGGCGGGUGGUACGUCUGGUUCUGCGGCUUCUGCCAGUACGCCAACAUGUUCGGCACCGGCAUCGGCUACACCAUCACAGCCUCCAUCAGUGCUGCGGCCAUCAACAAGUCCAACUGCUUCCACUGGCACGGGCACGACGCGGACUGCAGCCAGAACACGAGCGCCUUCAUCAUCGGCUUCGGCGUGGUGCAGGUGGUCUUCAGCCAGCUCCCCAACUUCCACAAGCUCUGGUGGCUCUCCAUCAUCGCCGCCGUCAUGUCCUUCUGCUACUCUAUCAUCGCCGUGGGCCUCUCCCUGGCGCAGACCAUCUCGGGCCCCCUGGGGAAGACGACUCUGACCGGCACGCAGGUCGGGGUGGACGUGGCCUCGGCGCAGAAGGUGUGGAUGGCGUUCCAGGCCCUCGGCAACGUGGCCUUCGCCUACUCGUACGCCAUCAUCCUCAUCGAGAUCCAGGACACGCUGCGGUCGCCGCCGGCGGAGAACGAGACGAUGCGGCGGGCCACGUCUAUGGGCAUCUCCGUCACGACGUCCUUCUACAUGCUGUGCGGGUGCCUGGGGUACUCGGCGUUCGGCAACGCCGCGUCGGGGAACAUCCUCACCGGCUUCGGCUUCUACGAGCCCUUCUGGCUCGUCGACUUCGCCAACGCCUGCAUCGUCGUGCACCUCGUCGGCGGCUUCCAGGUGUUCUGCCAGCCGCUCUUCGCCGCGGUGGAGGGCGCCGCGGCGGCGUGCUGCCCGGGGUCCACCCGCGAGUACGGCGCCGCGCGCCUCAACGUGUUCCGGAUCGUGUGGCGCACGGCGUUCGUGGCCGUCAUCACGCUGCUGGCCAUCCUGAUGCCUUUCUUCAACAGCAUCCUGGGCAUCCUCGGCAGCAUCGCCUUCUGGCCGCUCACCGUUUUCUUCCCCGUCGAGAUGUACAUCCGGCAGCGCCAGGUGCGGCGGUUCAGCGCCAAGUGGGCGGCGCUGCAGAGCCUCAGCUUCGUCUGCUUCCUCGUCACCGUUGCCGCCUGCGCCGCCUCCGUGCAGGGCGUGCUCGACUCGCUCAAGACCUACGUGCCAUUCAAGACGAGGUCGUGA